UGGGCGCUUUAUUUUAUGAUCAUUCAUUCGAACGAUUGAUUUGAUUGAUCGAAGUGUGAGGACCAAAACAAUCCAAAAACGCCACCAAAUAUCAACCAAGACAAUCCACAUGGUAACGUCUCCGAACUGGCGUUGAAAACAAGUACUCUAAGAGAGUCAUGCAAGGGGGCCUACUUAUUUGAUUUGCAAUUUGAGAAACGAGCGAUUGUCUAUGAUAGACGAGUGACGUUUUGAAGUGCACCGGAUAACGAAAGAAAGAGGCUUGCAAAAUGACUAUUUUGACGCAGACCUUAGGGAUUCAGGGCUAACCAGGAGGGUCCUAGUAGGAAGACUGAUCGCUUGUUACUGUGUGCAUGAGUCAGGGGAUGUUCUGUCAGGUUUCGUGAUCCUGAAGGCAAAUUAUUGAAUACCGCAGCUGCGACGGAGAGUAUGGCGUGUAGCCGCCACUGACCUGAGGGCUACUCUCCAUGAAGGUUGUUUUUCAAUACUGGCGUAUUUCUACGUGAAAAUUCGCUUUUCUGAGUUCCAUACUCAGUCAUGGUCGACUCGAAGUUCUUGAUAAUAACAACGUUAUGUUAUGUCGGGAUAUUUGUGGUAGUUUUGGUCGUUUGUUGUUGUGCUUGGUCGAGAUAUAUGCGCAACGAAGGGAAAUUUUCGCCACGAAGCGCUAAACAACGAGCACGAAGACCAAAACGUGAACCCAAUAUCGAACCACCUCAAGACGCCAUUCCGCUACCGCCAAGACAAGAAUACAGAUAUAUCGGCGACUUCAUUGAGCUUGACUUUCAUUCGGAUGGUUUACGUUAUGAACCUGAGUUACGUUCGCACGGGAAAUUUAACCGACAACCAUACCCUGUUCAUAACCACCCGAACUAUAGUGUGCCCUUAGUUGGCUUCCCACCCAGGACCUAUUACCCCGCUAGCUUAGCUACAGGCACGUGUGACUACGACCCUCAUAUGGAACUAGGCAGUUAUAACACGUACGGUGAGACGAGUCUUGGGGGAUUAUCAGGUGAUGACGACUACAGUGACUUUCAAAGCUCGAGAUUCGAUACGGAUUCGCGACCAGAAGUUGUUACGAGCGAUGGAGUUGGAUGUGGUAGUCUAAGUGAUCAUAUGCGGGGUUCUAAUAACAUUAUAGAGAUUAAUGGGCUAGGUAGACCCGGCGAUUGCUUGCCAGUUCCCACCAAUACCAUUAAUCAUGACAGUGAUUACGAGGAUGAUGAUGAUGAUGAUGACCUCAGUGUCCAGAGCUCUAGUGACAUGCUUCCCCCACACUUGGAUGCAGAUUUCCGUGAGGCGUGUGACGGUGCAGGGACGUCUCCCCCGUGCUCUGUCCAGUCACUUAGCAGAAAUGUGUCGGAGCAAAGUUUAACAGAGGUCAAUCAGCAAUAAUGCCUCCAUAAGAACUAUUCCACAUGGGCAGACUGGGUUAUGGCUUACAUCAGGACUGCCAUAAUUGCCUAACCAAAUUGCCUUGCCAUCUGCUUUAAAUCUAGUUUCCUGAACAAAAAAUUAUAUAUUCAUUUAAAUGAUUCAAAGAAAGUAUGUAAGCAUAUUUACUUGUUUUUUUUGUAAAUGUGUCUAAUCUGCUAAGGUCAAUAUUUACUAACAAUGGAAAGGAAAAUAAGUUUAUAAAUCUAUCUUUUCCUUGCCACAGUGUCUGUGUUUCUGGCUUUGCUAGCAGCUGUUUCUUUUUUAAUUUUGCAAAGUUCUGCCUACUAUACCACACUUUAAGAAAUGGGCAUCAGAUAUAAAACACAAAAUAACAUUUCUGAUUCAAUGCUUUUUGUUUGCGGCAUUCAUCGUUUUUCAAAUAUCAAACUUUCCAAUGAAAAAAAUAUUACAGACUAGGGAAAAUAUUAAAAUGCAGUUUUUGUAAAUGUUAUAGUAUAUUUAUAAUGAACUUCAUGGAAUUGAUCUCAAAAUAAUGGGAAACUUUCUAAAAAUAUAUUCAGGUGCUUUGUUAGUUCCAAUAAGUAAAAUCUAUAAGCAUCUGAUUUUCCAAUAAAUCUGAUAAAAGGAAUAGUAUUGAUUGAAAAAUAUAUAUUUCAUGUACAAAGAAGGCAUAUAUAACUAUUGAUGACACUGUGGUUUGGGAGAAGUUGUCUAUUGGAAGUGUCUUUGAGGAUGUGACUGAUAAUUUAGAGCCAGUUACCUGUUAAAUAGUGCAGAUUCUAAUAGAUUCUUUUGUUUUUUAUUGGUUGAGGUUUGCAGAAGUAAUCUGGUGACAAUACCAUCUUAACUAGGCAUGAGGAUGAAUCUGCCAAUUUGCUGCAGCAUUUUGUUAGUGCACACAUCAGAUGUAUAGUGCUCCAUCCUUUCUGUGGCUUGCAUAUAUCUUCUCAAAAUGUGAGCUUCAAUUCCACAAAGGGGUUAUUUACCGAGCUUUGAAUAUCAACCUCAACAUUCAAGGACAUUUUCCUUAGGCAUGUAUGUUCUAUUUCCCCUUGUACAUAAUAGAGAAGUGUACAAGAAGAAACAAAACAACAUAAUUCUCAAAAUGCCUGCCCAAAUGGCUUGAAACCUCACCCAGACCACAUUUAAGACUCCACUGUCAGGUCAGAAUAUUUUUAAGAGUUUUACAAUUUUAUUUCACGGUAAAGUGAAUGGCUUAUUUCAAUCCCACAUGUUUACUGUAAACCACGACACACAAAAUGUAAUGUGAACCUUAUAAGUAAUUCAUACACACAGUGGGCUUGGGGAGUGCUAUGUAUAUAUGCGAUAAGAGUAGGAUAAUAAAACGGAUGAUCUACGAA